AUGAGCUUUCUUUCUGCAGGCUUAUUGGGAAAGGUUCAAGAAAUGGUCGGCGAUGGUGGUGUUGUUGAACCCACUACUCGGAUUCUGUUCUGUGGGCCUUAUUUUCCUGCUUCUCAUAACUAUACAAGAGAGUAUUUGCAAAGCCAUCCAUUCAUACAGGUUGAUGAUGUUGCUUUCGAUAAUAUCCCUGAUGUUAUUGGAAAUUAUGAUAUUUGUAUAAUAAAAAAUAUGCAAUUAAAUUCAGAUCUCAUCUCCCGUGCAAAACGGAUGAAGCUUAUCAUGCAGUAUGGAGUUGGCAUAGAAG